GUGACGGGUAGUUGCCGAGUCGAGCUCAGCUGACAGGCUCCAGGGAAGUUAGCUUUCAGCUUGUGAUGCGGUAAAGCAAUCCAACUAAAAGCUGAUAUUUUAAAAAAAAUGGAGCGGUACGGGUCGGACGUGGAGGUCGACGAGCAGAGGACUCCGCUGAUUCGCCGGGGACGCGAAGAAGAAGUCCAGAAAGCUCCAGCAUGCGGUUCAUCACGCUACGCCCUGGCAUUGCUUUCCUCUUAUGGCUUCUUUGUAGUCUAUUCAUUGAGGGUAAACCUCAGUGUGGCGAUGGUGGACAUGCUCAACAACACCCACCAAUCAAACACCAACCACAGUGGCACAGUGUGCCCUCGUCAUUCCAACCCUGCAGUUCGCAAACACAAUCACACGGCCAGUGUUUACAACUGGGACUCAGAAACACAGGGAUGGAUCCUGGGCUCUUUUUUCUACGGGUACAUCCUGACACAAGUCCCUGGGGGCUACCUGGCUGGCCGCUUUGGACCAAAAUGGCUGAUGGGCUUUGGGAUCCUGGGGACUGUAAUUUUUACACUGCUUACCCCUGUGGCUGCUGACCUGGGUGCAGGCUACCUCAUUGCUGUCAGAGUGCUGGAGGGGAUUGGCGAGGGUGUUACAUUCCCAGCAAUGUACACCAUGUGGGCAGCCUGGGCCCCACCGCUGGAGAGGAGCCGACUUCUCACCAUUUCCUACAUUGGAGCACAGCUGGGGACAGUAAUAAGUCUUCCUGUAUCUGGUGAAAUCAUCUUUUACCUGGACUGGACCUAUGUCUUCUAUAUAUUUGGUGCUGUCGGACUGGUGUGGUUCGUCCUGUGGGCUUUUUUCGUCUUUGACAGCCCGAAUACCCAUCCACGAAUAUCAGAGCAGGAGAGACUCUAUAUCACCUCCUCGCUCAAGAAUGAGCUGUCCACCUCGGCGAGCAACAUCCCCUGGCGAUCCAUAGUGACUUCGAUGCCGCUGUUGGCCAUUGUUGUGGCUCACUUCUCUUACAACUGGACCUUCUACACCCUCCUCACUCUGCUGCCAACCUACAUGAGUGACAUCCUGGGAUUUAGCAUACAGCAGAAUGGUUUUCUGUCGGCUCUGCCUUACUUGGGAUGUGCUGUGGUCGCUGUGCUGAGCGGCCAAAUUGCCGACUAUCUGCGAGAAACCCGCAAAUACCGCACUGUCAUUGUCAGGAAGUCCUUCACCCUCAUUGGGAUGAUUGGGCCUGCAGUGUUCCUGGUGGCAGCAGGUUAUACAGGCUGUGACUACACCUUGGCUGUGACCUUCCUCACCAUCUCCUCUUCUCUCGGAGGAGUGUCGGCAUCUGGCUUCAACAUCAACCACCUUGACAUUGCUCCUUCAUAUGCCGGUAUUCUCCUAGGAAUCACCAACACCUUUGCCACCAUCCCUGGCAUGGUGGGACCAGUCAUAGCAAGAGCUCUGACUCAGCAGAACACCAUCGAAGAAUGGCAGAUUGUUUUCUACAUUGCUGCUGCCAUCGACGUGUUUGGGGCAAUAUUCUACGCUGUGUUUGGUAAAGGAACAGUGCAGUCCUGGGCUGUCCACACAUCUUUUUAUCAUGCAGACUGAGACAUGAGACCCUUUCGGGUUAAAUUUUCAGAUUUGUCCGGUGGGCAAGUUUCAAACAUGAGCUCAUUUGGUGGGUAAUUUAAGGGAGAGAUGUGUUCUAGCUGUAUUCAUCAUGGUCGGAUAAGUGUGUAAUUGCCAUGAUAUCUUGGAAAGAUGUUCCUUAAUGUGGCUGUGGGUACAUGGUCUUGAAACAGAUGAGCCCAAUGUCGGUGAUUUUAAAAAAAGAAAGUUGUAGCUGUACCUACUCAAAUAUAUUAUUUCUCAGAGGAAGAAAUCAACAUAUGCUUUCCCAAGAAGUAUCAGAGGAAGCUUUCAUUAUGAAGCCAAACGGGCUUGCUGGUAUGUGGAGGGGGGGCAAUGAGAUUAGUUAGUUAUGACGCUACAGGCUGCAUAACUAACUAUAAAGGCCGGCUAAUGUACAUCAACUUUGAUAUUUACAGAUAAUAACGCAUUUUAGAUAUUAACUCAUUAUAAAUAAGCUAUGGAAGAAAAUCAUUCCACUGUAGGUGGUUUUGUGGAUUCAACCUGCUAUACCCAAUGGUUCCUUUUUACAGAAGGGACAGUUUUAAAUGCCUCAGUAAAUCCUUAAGUUUUACAUCCAGUACACACCGAUGCCCACCAAAAAUUUUUUUUUUUUUAAAUCUGUUACUUUGUAGCCCAUAAUGAAGUGCCAGUAGGCUUUAUAGUGAAUUUUAAAAAUCCCAAACGUUUUAAAUUCAGCAUUAUGACUAUAGUGUACACUUUUUUCAGGGAUGAUGCCUUAAAAAUGUCUCCAAGCAUUUUAUCCUUUUUUCUUAGAGAAAUGUACUUUUUUUUUUUUAAAAUGAUUACUUGUAAUAUGGUGCAGUGUCUUGAGCAAUGUUCCCUCUAAGCUGAGCGCGUGAGCAAUCGCGCACUGCUGACAUGGUCUCCCCACACAGAAAAUCUGUGCUGCGCACAAAAAAAAAAAAAAAAAAAUCCAACCUGAAUUGGAAUGAAAGUAAAUACAUGUAUUUAUUUUAUUUUGCUGAUUUUCUAUGCGCGGAGACUGUCAGCAGUGCACGAUUGCUCACGCGCUCAGCUUAGAGGGAACAGUGGUCUUGAGUUUUCAGGUUCACAAGCCAACUCUUAUUUGAGAUAGCAGGAUUUAACGUCACACGGGUUAUGAUCUCUCCAGUACAUCUUAUUAAUAAAGGGACUUGGCUUUAAAUUAUUCCCCGAAUUCUCAGGUAUCUUAAAUCUUACAAGGAUUUAAAAGGACGUUUGUUUACUUUUAAAUUUUGAUUAAGCUUAUCACAUGGAGGCAUAUUUCCUCAAGUUUUAAGUGUCAGUGUGGUGAUCGCCUUCUUUCAGUGUCAAUGACAGAUUUAUUUUUUUCAUCAUAUUUGCACACAUUAUACAUUAUGUACAAUUUUCUUUCAUACAUAAUCUCAGUUAAGAGGUAAAUCCAAGCUAAGCUGUAAGGUUAACAUUUUGUCUUUGAAAUUUCCGAAUAUUUAUAAUGUGCCUUACUGCUUAAGUUCAAAAGGGAUCAGCAAUGCAGGCUCAUUCUUUUGAGUUCUUUUUGUUACUGACUUCAUUUAUUUCAGUUGUUAUUGUGCUUUGUUUGCACAGAGAAUAAAGGGACUAAAUUGUACUAAGUAAAAAUCAUUGUAAAAUUCCUCUUUCAAAACAUUUGAGAGAAAUGUUUUAAAUUGCUGUGGUAUAAAGACUGUGUAAAUCAGA